AUGAGUGACAUCAUGCACCAGGCACAAGUGACAUCAUGCCUGGGCACAAGUGACAUCCGGGGCGAGGGGCAGGACACCUGGGUCCACAGAGGACCACCCUGGGGGAGGCGGGACAAGACAGGGGCCAGGGGCUGUGGGGAGCGGGGGGGCGGGUGCGAGCCCCUGCGAAGGGCCAGGGCCAGGGCUGCUCCUCAGCCCCCUCUUCCUGCUUGGCUUUCAGGGUAUCACACAGUGCAGCGCAUGUUCGGCUGUGACCUCCUUGAGGAUGGGAGGAUUGAGGGGUUUCAGCAGUAUGCCUACGAUGGGAAGGACUUCAUCAGCUUCGACAAGAAGACGCUGACGUUCACCGCGGCUGAUCUUGGGGCACAAAUCACCAAGAAGAAGUGGGAGGGAGAUCCAAGUAUUGCUGACCGUUGGAAGCACUACCUGGAGGAGACUUGCAUCGAGUGGCUGCAGAAAUACGUAGCGCAUGGGAAGGCCACGCUGGAGAGGAGAGAGCGCCCGGCUGUGAGAGUGUCAGGGAAGGAGAGCCACGGGGUCCUGACCUUGUCCUGCCGGGCUCACGGCUUCCACCCGCGGCCCAGCACCAGCAGCUGGCUGAAAAAAGGCACCGUCCGGGACCAGGAGACCAAGCGAGGGAGCAUCACGCCCAACAGCGAUGGCACCUACCACACCUGGGCCAGCAUCGAGGCCCUCCCAGCGGAGAAGGACGAGUACCAGUGCCGCGUGGAUCACGCCAGCCUGCCAGAGCCUGGCGUCUUCUCCUGGGAGCCGGAGAGCAACCCGCUGCCCAUCGUCAUCGGGGUGGUGGUCGCCGCGCUCAUCAUUGUCAUUGGGGCGAUCGCCGGCUUCGUGGUCUGGAGGAGCAAAUCGGGAAGCGACCCCUCUAUUUAA